ACAGUAUUAACUUUCUUCUUACAAUUAUAAAAUUAGUUAAUACUAAAAGCACAAAUUACAAUUAUUCAAAAUCUUAAAUACUUAACCUUAUUCAAGAAAAUAUUCUAGUAGAAUAAAAAUUCAGUUAGCACCAAUAAUUACAAUUCAACAGCUACACACUGACCAACAGAAUUGAAAAUUAGCUUGCAGUAGUCUUUUAUACAUUGCUGAUUUGCAUAGUAUACAUGUUUACACAAAAUAUUCUCUGACUUAAUUUGUCUCUCUACCAACAUUCAUAUAGAAAAUUAGUUAUAUUCAUAAAUACAGGAAUAAAUCUUAAAACAUUAACUUAGUGGAAUAUAAUUUUAUUCAUUAUUCAAAUCUUACUAUGAAAUUAUGCAAAUGAAACUAUAGUUGGAAAGUACAGUAUGAUUUAAUGUGUCAAUCUCCAAAACUCAAAAUGGAAAAUAAUUAGUGCAAGUAAUUAAUUCAGCUAUAAAUCAAAAGUUCUCUAUCUCAUAAAUGGUAGGAAUUUGCAGGAAAUAUUUUAUGUUGUAUUGAUUGAAUUUUUUCAUGUAUCUAUCAUUUGUCAUGCAGAAAUAUGAUAAAACCUACGUCUACAUCUAAAAAGUAUUCUGGACAUAUUUCUGGACUUUUUAAUAGAAAGAAGAUUGAAUCUAUAGGCAAGAUGACGCAAAUGACUCAGGAAGAAAUUAUUACCAAUGCAAAAACUGUAAUACAGGGUUUGGAAGCUCUCAGGAAUGAACAUAAUUCCAUUUUAAAUGGAUUAAUGUCUUCGUUGAAAGCAGUACAACAAGAGAAAGGGGAGGGAAAUUUAAUGGAAGAAAAAGCAUCUCUAGUCAGAAAGAAUUUGGAAUCGAUAGAACUUAGUUUAGGAGAAGCACAAGUGAGUACUUCUUAAAUUAAUUUCGUCUAAAUUUAAAUAUAUUUUGGAAUGUAAUUAAUGUUUUUCCAUCAGUUUUUUGGGUUUUUUUUUAAUAGUUUU